AUGGCUGCCUCACGCGAAGAGGCCCCGUUGCUCGGCUCCGAGCCUCGCUCAACAACCGAGCCCCAUGAAUAUUCAAGCAUCUCGACGCAAAUUCACAAUAACGGCCAUGUCGACGACGAGUAUGCGGAAUCCACGACGCCGGCGAGAUCUGGCAGACGAGCGGCGGGCGUGGCUCGCAUGGAGGCCGUUUCCGCCCAGCUCUCUCACACCGAGCGCUUCUGGAUCUUCUCGGGCAUCUUUCUCAUAGGCUAUGCUUAUGGCCUCGAGAGCCAGGUUCGAUCGACUUACAUGCCGUAUGCAACGUCCAGCUUUUCGCUGCACUCGUACUUGGCCACCAUCAACCUUCUCAGGAGUGUCGUUGCGGUUGCGAUCCAGCCAACGGCAGCCAAGAUUGCCGAUGUCUUUGGCCGCUUCGAAGUCGUCGCUGCAUCCACCUUCUUCUACACCGUUGGCAUGGCCAUCGAGUCGACUUCCAGCUCCGUCUAUGCCUUUUGUGCCGGCACCAUCCUCUACCAGAUUGGCUAUACUUGCAUCGUCCUGCUCCUGGAGAUCCUUGUUGCCGACUUCUCGUCUAUGCGGGCUCGCGUCUUCUUCAGCUACAUUCCCGCCUUGCCGUUCAUCGUCAACACAUGGAUCAGCGGCAGUAUUACAUCUGCUGUGCUGCGCGUAACCACGUGGCGUUGGGGAAUCGGCAUGUGGUGCAUCAUCUACCCUGUCGCCUCACUGCCACUGCUCAUCACACUAUACUCUAUUGAUCGUCGCUCCACGCGGGGACCUCGCAGGAAGGAUGAGCUUGUUGACGGCUCCAGUGGUCUCGAUAGCCUCCGUAAGUGGAGUGCUCAGCUCUUCGAUCAGGUAGACGGCAUAGGCCUCAUAACUCUCGUAACGGCCUUCAGUCUUGUUCUUACACCUCUCACGGUUGCUGGUGGUACCGUGUCGCACUGGAAGAACCCGCAGGUCGUGAUUCCAUUGGUCUUUGGGCUGAUCUGCGUUCCCGCUUUCAUCUUCUGGGAGAAGAACGGUGCUAGAAAUCCGCUUGUCCCUUUCCAUCUACUGAAGGAUCGCGGGGUCUGGGCGGCCCUCGCUGUGCGGAGCCUGCUGAACUUUGCCUGGUAUGUGCAGGGCAACUAUCUAUAUACCGUUCUCAUCGUUGCGUUCGACUUCCCCAUCGAGAAUGCGACCCGAAUCCUAUCCUUCUUUUCCUUUUUUGGUGUUGUUAGCGGCGUUGCCGUAGGUCUUGUCAUUUACAGAUUCCGACGUCUCAAGCACAUCAUUGUCCUAGGCACGGUGAUAUUCAUGAUCGCCCUGGGCAUUCUAAUCAAGUUUCCUGGCGGUGCCACGGUGAACUCUAAGUCUGGACUCAUCGGCGGACAAAUUCUUUUGGGUCUCUCCAGCGGCUUGUUUGCUUAUCCUACCCAAGCCUCGAUUCAAGCCUCAGCAUCGCGAGACCAUGUUGCUAUCUUGACGGGGCUCUAUCUCUCCUUUUACAACGUUGGCAGUGCACUUGGCACUUGCUUAUCUGGGGCGAUUUGGACCCAGACUCUAUACCCAACGCUUGAAGCAAGUCUGGCUUUCCAACCCAAUGCUACCCUAGCACGAGCUAUUUACGAGAAUCCAUUUUCCAUUGUUUCACAAUACCCCGUCGGAACUGAAAUCCGAAGUGCCAUUAUUCACAGUUAUCAGAGCAUUCAGCGGUUGCUUUGCAUUACGGCUAUGUGUAUUUGUUUGCCCAUGAUUGGUUUUGCAUUGGCUCUUAGGAAUCCAAAACUCUCGGACCAACAGGUCCAAGAAGAUGCGGAGGAUGAAAGACCAAACGACGUAUGA